AUGGUGCACAAGGCGCGAGAGGCAAAUAUAUUUACCUACGCAAAAUUUGAUGUCGCUGUCCUUCUAUCACUCGCGUACUGCAUUCGCGGGAAGGAGUGCUCUUGUGACGAAACCCAGCGCCCUGAUAGCGGUAGCCUGAAUUGGGUCAUCUUCAUCUUAUUUGAGGAUGGGGUCGAAUGGGUUUUCAGGUCGCCACGGAGAUCAUUCGGGCUCAAGAAAGCCACUGCCAGUGAGGUGCUCAUGAGUGAGGUAGCAACGAUGAAGUACCUCAGAGGAAUGAGCAAAAUACCUGUGCCAGAAGUGUUCUCUUACUGUGCGACCGACCAGAAUGAUAUCAAUGUCCCCUAUAUCUUAAUGAGCAAAGCUUCCGGGGUACCCCUAAGCACAUAUCAAUGGGAAGACGACAUGGCCAGCCCGCCUGGCAUCGGCGUCAGACCACAAGCGAUCUUAUCAACCACCCAAAAAAGGAAAAUCCUCGGACAACUUGGGGGUAUACAUGCAGCACUGUCCAAUAUACGGUUCAGUGAAAUCGGCUCGCUUUUUAUGGACAACAAUAACUCUUACACUCCACGGAAGUGCUUAUUUCCUAGCCUAGUGUGGCAGCGUCGGGACAAAUUUGAUGAUACGGACAUCACACGUGGACCUUUCUCAGAAGCGAAAGCAUUCUACAUGGCCUCCAUAGAUGCGUUUCUUGCUCAUUCAGCGGAACUACCGAUGGAGCACCACCUCUUCCACGCACCGGUGCCUAUCGUCCAAGAGUACGAUGGCUUUGAAGAAUAUCGGCUGGCUACCGAUCGAUGGAACGAUUACGCCACUGUGGGAUCCAAAAUUGAGAGCAGGAAGAACCGACUUGAUUACACUUUAGUCGGUAUCUCACUUAGGGAUACUGUGGGUUUCUUUUCUGGGAAAGAUACACAGACUAGUUGUGACGGUUUUCCGCUAUACCACCCUGAUAUAAGCACGCAAAAUAUCUUUGUGGACGAAGAUCUGAAUAUAAUGUGUAUUAUCGACUGGGCUUUUGCGUCUUCUGUGCCUCCUGCAAUGCUUCUUGUCUGCCCCGCCCUCCCUCACCCUCGUGAUGGCAUACAUUGCUCUCUUUUAGGAGCCUUUGUUGACGGCUUUAUAGCUGGAGAGGGGUUUAGUGGUGAGACUGCGCUUGACUUCUCACUUAACGACAUUUUCUGGGCAUUUUUUCGUCUGAUUAACCUCGAUUCUCUGCAAGACUUCCACUAUUUCUCUCAACUCAUCCAUGCAAUUAUCGGACAGGAAGUGUACCCUUACCUUCGCCGUAUUAUGGGGAAAGCAGACUUCCUUGAAGCAGCAGAAUACGUGCUGGAAGAUGAUGGUGACCAAGAAAGGCUGAGACGGGAUGAAGAACAAUACUUUUCAUGCGUUGGUUCCCAGCGGCAUGCGCUCUCACGCCAUCUUACCAUGAUCCAACAACUGAAUAAUCAAUUCGUUGCGGAUAAGAGGUUAUGGAGAUGGAUUGCACUUUAUCUAAAUCAGCGAGACUUGUAUAUAUUUUCUUGA